UAUUAUGCACGGCGCCAUCCGUAGUGUAGAUAUGGAUGAAGGUGUUUUCGGAAUUGCUCAUUCCGAAUUAAUUGCAAAGGAGGACAUGCAGCAACUUUUUGAACACGAAGAAUUGGGCAUCGCUGUCAUUCAUACAUACAUAUGGUAUAUGUAUGACACAUUGAUGCGGGGAACUGAAUUGUGUAACCGAUUCAAUUUUAUUGCUGCUUCCCGUAUCAACACAACGUUUAUAACGAAAAAUCCAACAUCCGUAAUGAAUGAACUAGUCGAUAGAUUCAUGGUGGCCGGCGAUAAUACUACACCCAGUUUGUAUUUUUUACCGUUUAAUUCUGGCAACGGUGGUCACUGGGUGUUGGUUGCUAUGGAUCUUUCGAGACUAAUGGUGUAUUAUCUCGAUUCGUUACCGGGUAAUUGGAGUAAAUAUCCGAGUAUGAAGAAGACGGUUGACGCGGCAAUACUAAAAUUUAGAUCGAAAAAGAAUUAUCGUAAUAGGAAGGACAUUACCUGGGUCAGAUUUUUGCCUAAACUUGAGUAG